ACGGCUGCAUCACUUUUGAAUGGUGUGGUUCUGAGUUUCCUCAGAGUUUUUAGAAACAUUUGUUUGCCUAGCGUGCUUUCUCAAUUAGUCUCAGUGAAUUGCCAACAGACUUAGUAGUGUAUAAUGUAUUUUUUGUUUAUAACGUCUCAGUAUUGUUACCUGUAUGCUGUUUAAUGCCUACGCAAAAUAUUGUUACGUUUAUCAGAAAGUGAAAAUGGAUUUUAUCUUCGUUUCAAUACUUGUGAUAUUUAUCGACGGAAUUUACGCAUUGUCCCGCUAUGGAAAUCUACAACCGUAUAUGCCUAAUGUGUGUGCAGAGCGGGAGGUGACGCUAGUUGCUCAAAGGCAGCCGUGUGUGCAAGCCUUCACACGCAUGGUCAAGGCUUGGAAACAAGGCUGCUCAGGACAGAACUGGUGCAUGGGAUACGAGAGAAGGACAGCAUAUUACACAGCAUACAGACAAGUCUACAAGCAAGAUUACCAGAACGUGUACAAAUGCUGUCCUGGAUGGUCUCAACUCAACGGAGAGGCUGGCUGCUUGUAUCCGGUUUGCAGCUACGGUGUUUGCUUUAAUGGGGGUCAAUGUCGGGAGGGUUCCCGAUCCAGCUCCCAGCUCUGUGACUGCCCUGCUGGCUUCAAUGGGCCCAGUUGCCAGUAUGAUGUAAAUGAGUGUGAGGAGACUAAUGGAGGCUGUGAGGCCCUGUGCUGCAACACCAUCGGCAGCUUCUACUGCAGGUGUCCUUCCGGUGAGCAACUGAAGGAGGACAGCCGGACCUGCCAGGAUAUUGAUGAGUGCCAGGUCCACAAUGGGGGCUGCCAGCACAAAUGUGUGAACACCAGGGGUUCGUAUCACUGUGAAUGCAACCCAGGCUCACGGAUCCAUGUUGAUGGACGCACCUGUAUUGCUGUCCAGUCGUGUAGCAUCAGUAAUGGAGGAUGUGAGCACUUCUGUGUACAGCAGUCCCCUGCUGCCUUCCGUUGCCACUGUAGAACCAACUAUGUGCUGUCUGAGGAUGGCAAACACUGCAAAUUGAAAAAUCCAUGUUUCGAUAAGAACGGAGGCUGUCAGCACCUCUGUCAUGCGGAAGGGGGAAUGCCCAUCUGUGACUGUAGAAAUGGGUACAAGCUAGCAGAGGACAGGAGGACUUGUGAAGACAUUGAUGAGUGUCAGUCAGGGCAGACAGGCUGUGCUCAUGGUUGCCAUAACACCGUGGGCUCCUUCUCCUGUGUGUGUCAUGCCGCUUACGAGCUGGGAGCAGACGGACUCCAGUGCUACCGGAUUGAGAUGGAGAUUGUUAACAGCUGUGAGGGCAACAACGGAGGCUGUUCCCAUCACUGCCAACACUCCACCAGGGGCCCUGUCUGCAGCUGUAACCAGGGUCACCAGCUGGAGGAUGACCUCAAGACCUGUGUUGAUCUGGACGAGUGUGUGGAGGGAAGCUCGUGCUGCCAACAGGAGUGUACCAAUUACCCUGGAGGCUAUGAGUGCUACUGCGCGGCUGGCUACCGCCUAAACCCAGACGGAUGUGGCUGUGACGAUGCGGAUGAGUGUCUUGCUGCCAACGGUGGAUGUGAUCACACGUGCCAAAACACUGCUGGUUCCUUCCAGUGUUUCUGCCACCAGGGCUUCCGUCUGGACGAGGACCGGCGCUCAUGUGAACCGCUGGAGAAUACAGUGGAGGCCCUGUCUGGUGGGGGUCGUGAGGCUGUGGGACCACAGCCCCAGCUCACUCUGCUGCAGGAAUACAGCCAGGCUCUGGAGCGCUUCGAUGACUAUGAGGACGAUGACGCUGGAGAGCUGCUGGCUGAAAGCAACCUAGCAGAAAAAUUUGUGUGUCUGAACAACACAUUUGGCCAUGAUUGCAGCCUGACAUGUGAGGACUGCGCUAACGGAGGGCUGUGUGGCCCAGGGAGGGAUCGAUGUCUCUGCCCCAAUGGAUGGACAGGCCUCAUCUGUAACCAAACUUGUCCUGAGGGAUCAUUUGGCAGGAACUGCUCAUUUCCCUGUAAGUGUAAGAACGGAGCCAUCUGUGACCCUGUCAAUGGGAACUGUCGCUGCCCACCUGGGGUCAGCGGAGACAUGUGCCAAGACGGGUGUCCCAAGGGCUUCUACGGGAAACUGUGCAAUAAAAGGUGUAACUGUGCCAACAACGGGCGCUGCCAUCGCACCUACGGAGCUUGUCUGUGUGACCCUGGGCUCUACGGGAGGUUCUGCCAUCUACCAUGUCCCAAAUGGGCCUUCGGACCGGGUUGUUCAGAGGAAUGUCAGUGCGUCCAACAGAACACUCUGGAGUGCCACCGUCGCCACGGCACCUGCAUCUGCAAGCCUGGUUGGCAAGGCAAAGCGUGUAGGGAAGAGUGUGACCCAGGCUCGUUUGGCACUGGCUGUGAGAGCAAGUGCGAGUGCCCUCCUGGAGUCUCUUGUGAUCAUGUGACUGGCCAGUGCCAAAAGCUGUGCCCGGCUGGUCGCCGUGGAAACAACUGUGAUCAAGACUGUCCAGACGGAAGGUUUGGGCCCGGCUGCGCUCAGGCCUGUGACUGCUCAGGGGCCCCAUGUGACCGAGUGAGUGGUCAGUGUCAGUGUCCUGCAGGAACAUCAGGACAACGCUGCGAGGAUGUGUGUUUGGAAGGCCUCUGGGGAGUGGGCUGCCGGGAGGUUUGUCCAGCCUGUGAGAACGGAGGUGUGUGUGACAAACACAACGGGACCUGUUCCUGCCCAGCUGGGUUCACUGGUCACCUCUGUAACAGCUCGUGUCCAACAGGUCGGUUUGGGCUUGGAUGCCAUCUGCACUGUGUGUGUGAAAACAGAGGUCAUUGUCACCAUGUCAAUGGCCACUGUACCUGUGCCCCAGGCUGGACCGGACCAAGCUGCAGAAAAGCCUGUGACACCGGCCACUGGGGGCGGGACUGUGCGGAGAAAUGUAACUGUAAGAAUGGGGAUGGAAGCUGCGACGCGGAGACAGGCCAGUGUAACUGUGAGGCUGGUUACACAGGGAAACGAUGCCAUGAAAAGUGUCCGGAGGGGUCUCACGGACUGGGCUGUCGGCAUCUAUGCCAGUGUGACAACAAUGGGUCAUGUGACCAUGUCAGCGGCGCUUGCACCUGCCUGGCGGGCUGGACCGGAACCUUCUGUGAGAAAUCCUGUCCCCAGGGCUUCUAUGGGUUGGACUGUCAGAGGAAGUGUGUGUGCCUGAAUGGAGGUCACUGCAACCAUGUGACUGGGGUGUGUGUUUGUCCUGAUGGCUGGAUGGGUCAUGCCUGUAACCUGACAUGCCCGGCCGGUUUCUAUGGGGAGAGCUGUAACCAAACCUGUGUUUGCCAAAACAAUGGCAGCUGCCAUCCAGCAAGUGGGCUGUGUGUAUGUUCACCUGGCUGGACCGGGCCCAGCUGCUCACAGAGAUGCCCAGUUGGCUUCUACGGGCCAGGUUGCCUUCAGCACUGCCUGUGCCAGAAUGGAGCCACAUGUGACCGAAUCACUGGGCAAUGUACUUGUGCCAACGGGUGGAUGGGUGCAGCCUGCGAGCUGGAGUGUGUGGCCGGGCGGUUCGGGGCUGACUGCCAGCAGCGUUGUCAGUGUGAGAACGGAGGCCAGUGCGACAGGCGGACGGGCCAGUGCCACUGCGGUCCAGGCUGGGCGGGAGAACACUGCGAACGAGCCUGUGGGUCGGGCGUGUUCGGAGCCGGCUGCGCGGAGAGAUGUCAGUGUGACCAUGAAGCCCCGUGUGACCACGUCACUGGACAGUGCCUCUGUCCACCUGGGUGGAGGGGAACCCAUUGCGACAAACCCUGUCUUCCCGGCACCCACGGGAGGGCCUGUUUGCAGCGCUGCUCCUGCCCCCGGGAAACCUCCUGCCACCACGUCUCCGGCCAGUGUGGAUGUCCUCCCGGGCUGACCGGCAACGGCUGUGAACUGACCUGUUUGCCUGGGACAUAUGGACUCAACUGUAACCAGGUGUGCCAGUGUUCCGAGACCAACCAGCUCUGCCACCCAGUGACAGGGUUGUGUUACUGCGCCCCGGGCUUCCAAGGACCCCAGUGUAACCAGGAAUGUCAGGACGGUUGGUAUGGCCCCAGCUGCAGGCUGGAGUGCCAGUGUCAGAACAGUGGGAAGUGUAGGUCCACCACUGGUGUCUGUGAAUGCACAGCAGGGUUCAUCGGAGCACACUGCAACAUCACGUGCCCUGCUGGACGUUACGGGAAGGACUGUUCCCAGGUGGCUCUGUGCGGAGAGGGGGCGCAGAACGACCCCGUCACUGGCAGAUGUCUCUGCAGGCCCGGGCGAAGAGGAGAGGACUGUGGGAAAGACUGUGCUCCCGGAUGGUUCGGCGGCGACUGUUCUCAGCGCUGCGACUGCAGGAAUGGAGGCCUGUGUGACUCGGCCGCUGGAAACUGUACCUGCGGUCUGGGCUGGACCGGGCCUCACUGUGAGACAGGAUGCCCCCCGGGGAGGUUUGGCGCUGGCUGCCAGCUGACGUGUGCCUGCCUGAAUAACGGGACUUGUGACCGGGCGACAGGAAGCUGCCAGUGUGGCCCAGGACACUACGGACAUCAGUGUCAACACGAGUGUCCCCCUGGUUUCCAUGGGCCUUUUUGCCAGUUCCAGUGUGACUGUGUGAACGGGGCCUCGUGCCACCCCUCCACGGGCCUGUGUGUCUGUCCGUCAGGAUAUCAAGGGUCCCGCUGCCACAGAGCAUGUCACCAGGGCACGUUCGGUGUGAACUGUGCCAAGACCUGUGACUGUGAGGAGGGCACGCCCUGUGACCCAGUGACGGGCAGGUGUCUGUGCACCUCCGGGAAGACUGGGCCCAGUUGUGACGUCGACUGUAAAGCCCACCGCUACGGGCCAGACUGCACCGAGACCUGCCUGUGUGAGAACGGGGCCCACUGUGACCACCGGAACGGCCGCUGCACCUGUCUCACCAGCUGGAUGGGAGUCACCUGUCAGGAAGGCGGGCCUCCGCACCUCCCCUACAGAACCAGGAGGGCGGAUGUGAACUCACAUCUCCACAACACCUUAUAGUGGCUCCUUUGGGUUGAACCCACCGAUUCCCGAUGAGACUGGGACCUGUAAGAGGCUGAGGCAGGAGCACAAUCUUCACUAUUGCAGCCAAUCGGACGAUAUUACUAUUCCAGACACACCAACCCAACAGGAGGCUUGAGCCAUCACAGUGUCUGGGCAGAAGACAUGGAGACAGACUCUAAGGAGAGGUGUACUCUGGGAUUGCUCUGGGGCGGACAGUGUGUUGUGUAUGUGUGCGCUGGGUUUGAAGUGUGGGUGUUCACGUGUAGGCUAUUAUAUAUGUACAAGGCUUGACUCGUCAGUUGAGUGACCCAGCGAGGUCAGGGGUCAACUGGAAUAGACACCCACACUCAUCUUGGACAAACAAACCACAGGAUGUAGGCUGAGAUGGGGGCUGAAUGUACAACACCAACACCUGUUUUUUGUUUCGGAGAUCCACUGACUCACUGCUGUACUGCAGAUAUUUUUGUGUUCUCUGCAACGCUGUCAGAUGUUCUGUUUUAUGUCAUUAGCAACUUGAAAUGUUGAUGGAAUUUGUGGAUCUAUUGUAAUGUGGCAUUUUCAAGAAACCCCUCUGGAAAUCCCAUCACUGUUACAUCCUAGUCAAUGACCCAUCAAAGCCAACAUCUGACCCAGGUAGCAAUGGCUUUAGGUGAGUGGAAGAGUCAGAUACUAGGCAUUCAAUUAACUGAUUGGAGCUCCUGAAAAAGCGGUCUACAGUACAUGAUAUUUCUCCUCCAGUAUAAGUUUCUGUUUUAGUGUCUGUUUUCUGUGAAGGAUAAAAGUUAUAUUCAUGAUAGUGACUUGUUAUACAAAUGUUGGUGCUAAGCGGUAAUCUGCCAUGUAUUGACCCAAAAACAGUAUAUUAUCUACAUAGCCACUGUUCAGAGGGUUUCUCUUUACUACAUCAUGUUUGAGUGGGCACUUCUGAUCCAUCUUAAAGUUCCUAGUUCACUCUUUGGAUUGCACGAUGAGUCAGGACACAGUAAUAAAGCAGAGGUAGUGGGCGGCCUACAGUCACGAAAAAAGAAAAAAACUCUAUUUUAUAUUGUGUAUAAGCUAUGAAGAUUCUGUAAUCUGGAAAACCUACUCAAUAGCUCAUAACAAAAACAAUCAAUGAAUGAACAAAGUCAAACAGUCAUGUUUUUUUUUCUCCAUUCUUGUAAUUUUUCAUUGUCAUUUCAAUUAAGACUGAAGCUGUACAUUUUGUCUAAAUUCAGAGUCAAGCACAGAGCAGUUAGCAAUGCCUGCAAAUUAAAAGGCAGAGGUGAUCACAACCGUAAAUAUAUACAAAAGGUCAAACUAUGUACAUACAGGACAUAUCUUACUCUCGCUAGGGCAUCUUCACUGAGUGAAUGUAGUCCUCCCUUUCAUUCAUUUCUGAGCAACAUGGACAAUGCAAUGCAAAAACGAUACAAAUGAUUGGCUUUUUUAGUCUUUACAUUGAGGCCAGGAUUCAUUCAAACCAAUGUUUAUGCAGUGUCUUUAUUUGCUGCCUCAACACUACUAACUGGUAAAAAGGGAAGACACACUACCUGUGAGGACUGGUCUCCCUGGUGAUAGUUACCUUGACCGUUGGAAAAACAGAUACUGCAUAAA